GCCUCGGGUUGUGGUCGGUGGCGUAGAAGGCGCGCGUCGACGGUCUUCCGCUCACUGCAGAGCAGGACCUUCGGGGACAGAGAUGAGCUGGGAACUGCUGCUCUGGCUGCUGGCACUAUGCGCGCUGAUCUUGUCUCUGGUGCAGCUCGUGCGCUUUCUGCGGGCGGAUGCUGACCUGACGUUGCUAUGGGCCGAGUGGCAAGGGCGACGCCCAGAAUGGGAGCUGACUGACAUGGUGGUGUGGGUGACGGGAGCAUCCAGUGGCAUUGGUGAGGAGCUGGCUCUCCAGUUAUCUAAACUCGGGGUGUCGCUGGUGCUGUCAGCCCGCAGGGCGCAGGAGCUGGAGCGGGUGAAGAGAAGGUGCCUGGAGAACAGCAAUUUAAAAGAAAAAGAUAUCCUGGUUUUGCCCCUUGACCUGACCGACACAAGUUCCCACGAGGCAGCCACCAAAGCCGUUCUGCAGGAGUUUGGUAAAAUUGACAUUUUGGUCAACAACGGUGGAAGAUCCCAACGUUCCUUAGUUCUCGAAACUAACCUGGAUGUCUUCAAGGAGCUGAUAAAUCUGAACUACAUAGGGACCGUGUCCUUGACCAAGUGUGUUCUGCCUCACAUGGUAGAGAGGAAACAAGGGAAGAUUGUCACUGUGAACAGCAUUGCAGGAAUUGCGUCUGUGUCCCUUUCCAGCGGGUACUGUGCCAGCAAGCAUGCUCUUCGGGGUUUUUUCAAUGCUGUCCAAGGUGAGCUCAUGAACUAUCCAGGAAUAACAUUUUGCAACGUUUACCCAGGGCCUGUGCAGUCUGACAUCGUGAAGAAUGCCCUAACAGAAGAAUUAACUAAGCCCAAUAAAGGUAUGGAUCAAUCUUACAAGAUGCCAACGAGCCGCUGUGUCCGGCUGAUGCUAAUCUCCAUGGCCAACGAUCUGAAGGAAGUUUGGAUUUCUGAUCAUCCUGUCUUGCUGGGGGCAUACUUGUGGCAGUAUAUGCCAACCUGGGCUUUAUGGCUAACCUCCAGGUUGGGGAAGAAAAGAAUUCAGAACUUUAAGAAUGGUCUGGAUCCAGACUUGCCUUAUAAAUUCUGCAAGACAAAGAAGGAUUGAAACAAGCCCUUGGGAUGCCUGAGCCACUUGUUGAGAAUGAUAAACAGCCUAAGUCUAGUAAGCUUACACACAGAAUGUGGGUCAGUGACUGCUUCCUGGUUUAAUUUUUGAUACAAGUUUCUAUUCAAUAUGUAAUAAUAAAUAAUACCUUGCCCUGUAUCUUGCAAAUGUGUAUGAACACAUGCUACCUUCUUGAAUAAAGUAACGUUUGCAAUAUUUUAGCCU